UAGACCCAUCAUGUCUAAACAAGGACGAGGAGGUUCUUCAGGUGGAAAAUUCAGCAUUGCCAUCGGUCUGGCCGUGGGAGUGGUCAUCAAAUGUGCCGACAACACAGGUGCUACAAGUCUGUACAUCAUUGUUGUGAAUCAAAGGCGACUGAAUUGUCUGCCUGCUGCUGAUGCUGGUGAAUAUUUGUUGCUACAGGAAAUGAAGAAAGAAAAACCAGAACUGAGGAAAACAGUUAUGCCAGCAGUGAUCAUACGGCACACAAGAAUACGAAGAAAAGAUGGAGGAGGGCUUAUCUUUGAAGAAAAUGCUGCUGUUCUAGUGAACCCCAAGAGUGAAAUGAAAGGAUCAUCCCCUACAGGGCCAGUAUCACAAGGAGCCUACUUGUGGCCACAUAUUUCAUCAAAUACAUCCAACAUUGCAAAGGACAAUAAACAUGUUAAUGUUGAGACAAACCAAGGCUCGUGA